AUGACGACGGACACCAGAAAACUAUUUUGUGGUGUAAACUCGGAAUCACCCAAAGCUUCUGCAUCUACUCCAAAUUUUAAAACAAACAGCAAAAUACGAUCAAAGCGUUCAAAUCCCUCCUGUACUUACAAUAUCGAAUUUGAUUCAAGAAAACAAUGGCCACAAUGUGCAGAUAUAAUUAACAUUGUUAGAAAUCAAGGCCAAUGUGGGGAUUGUUGGGCAGUUGCAAGUUCAUCUACGUUUACUGAUCGGUACUGUAUUGAGAGAGCUAAGAAAGGCUUAAAAACGCCAGUCUCUGAUCCUGAUAAUCAAUCAUCUGAUGAGGAAAUUCUUAGUUGCACACCAUCGACUAGCGGAUGUAAUGGUGGAUCUCCCUACUAUGCUUGGCAAUACAUGAAAAAUAGUGGUGUAGUAUCUGGAUCAAAUUUCGAACAAAAGACCGGUUGCAAACCAUAUUCCAUUAAUCCAGCAACUCCUGGUCCAAUUCCUACACCUAAAUGUGUCUCGAAAUGUACUAAUUCAAACUGGCCAAUUCAAUAUAAUAAUGAUAAAAAAUUUGGUAUUAUAUUAAGUAUAGUAGGCAAUUUGUUACGUUCAAUAUACUUUAGUUAUAUCAACUGGUCAGAUUUUGCCGAAUAUGGCUAUUUCUGA